AUGAAACACAAAAACAGAUUAAAGCUGGUGAGAGUACCAGAGUCGGGCUCGUUGUUGAAACUGCGGGGUGGAGAUGUUGGGAUCGUACAGGUCGUCAACCGGAUGAUCGAAUACACCGAUUGCCCGGCGGGACCGAUCCUCCCCGGGGCUCACUCCAUCGAGCGUUUCCUGGCGAAGGUGUGUCUGACGGACGCAGUUUAUGCGGUCGGAGGUCGGGAUGUGGAUUUGCACCGGUUGUAUUCGGUGGUGGUGGCCAGGUGGACGAAAUUGAAGUUGAAGCAGAUUUACAUCCGCUUUUCGAACAAGUACGAUAAAGUAAAUUUUAACGGUGAGGAGAAGGAUCCGACGGAAGAGGGAAACAACGAGAAGCGCCAUAAUCGGAGAUUACUACCUAAACAUCCAGAAGAACAGUUUGCACCAGUUCUGGAUGGACCGUCUGUACGAAAGACGCAAGUUCAGUGUCUCACCAAUUUAAUUUACUUUCAAACUCUUUCAGCAACUACCGCCCACAAACGCAGCUUGACGGCGAGUUGGAACAUCUGUGUCAUUCUCGAAGGAGGACGAAGUGAUCGGGAUCUAUCCGUUCAGGCGCUUUACUUCCCAGCCGGAAAACUUCGACUUCCCUUCCCGAAUCAACAAACAAUGGCCAACUCCUCCAAGCCUGUCCUGAUGAUGGCCGGCAACGAGACCACCCUGUUCUCUACAACGCUGUCGCGCUCCAAAAUGAAGGCCGCGAUGUUGCUGCCCAACGAAACGUCCAUCCGUAACCUGCUCAGCAUAGGGCCUUCGGACGUGACCGGUGGCGUACCGUAAGAAUCGGUUCAGCUUGGACGCGGAAGUUAGCCUACCAUAAGCAGAUGCGUUGAAUACAAAAAAAAACGGAAGCAACUGUUCUAAUAUUAAAAUAUUGAAAUAAAAUCCAUCACAUUUUUCGAAAAU